AGCCGCGCGCAGUGGCAGGUUUUCUAGUUUGUUUUUCUUUUUUUUUUGGAAUUUUGUGUUAAAUAUCGGUGUCGCUAUUAUUACGCUGGCAAUUAGAAAUUAACAACGAAUAACAAAAUAGCUGAAUAUUUCGAAGCACGUUAAUAUCGCCAUUCAAUUGAGUUUCAAGUGAAGUUUCUAGUAAAUAAUUGUGUGUGUGCAUUUUAGUGGAAUUGUGAAAUUUUUGGUAGCGGCUCCAUAAGACUUCGGAUCGUCAGAGAGAGAGAAUAUUAAGCACAAGUUGUGAAAUCGUGGCAAAACAAUCUACUGCAAUAAAUCGGAACAACAACAAAAACAGAAGUGCAAAUUACAACAACAGUUACAACUAUUAGUAGCGACAAGUCGGAAAGAGCUAAGGCAUCGCUCGUCAAAUUGUCGCUGGUCAGUUGAGAUUGGCCUUUGAUUACACAACCAACAACAACAAAAGGAACGGCAAAAAACGAAUGAAAAAAAAAAAAAACAAUAUUCAAUAUAUCAGAAUUAAAACGUGUGUGAAAAACAUCAGCACGCGGUCGGUCACAUACACGCGGUCCCAUACACACACAAACACGCACACACACACACACACAGACAGCGCGAGCGCGCACGAGUAACAGAGACAGCGUGAGUAGCACAGCCAGUAGGAGCGAGUACAGCAGCACCAACAACAAACAGGUCAUUUUGUUGUUCAGCCGACACCGACGCUGACGCCGACGACGCCGCCGCCUUUGGGCUUUAUUAUUGCUUCAUAUUCCAAAAGCGAGAGCAACAGCUGAGCAGCAGCAGUAGCAUAAUACAGCAACCUACCCAGAAAUCAACCAACAACUUUUAUUAGAAAGAAGCACGCGUUUGUUGCUUUUGGAAUUCUUCUUCUACAGCAUUUGCCGCAAUGGGCCUAUUGAGCGAGGGCAAUCCACUCUCCUGGGAGGAGACCAAAAAACUCGUAGAUCAUGUUCGUGAGCACGGAAUCAAUCAGUUCAUACAUUUAUAUCACAGACUUAAGGAUCGCCAGGGCGACAUACUCAAAUGGGGCGACGAAGUGGAAUACAUAAUUGUCAAGUUCGACGAUGAGCAGAAGGUGGCGCGCGUUUCACUGAAGGCCAAGGAUCUGCUGGCGAAACUCAACGAAAAGGAGCUGGCGGAUCCCAACGGCGUGAAGUCGCUGUGGCGGCCCGAAUAUGGCGCCUACAUGAUCGAAGGCACUCCGGGCAAGCCCUUUGGCGGGCUGAUGGCACAUUUCAACUUGGUGGAGGCCAACAUGCGGUAUCGCCGCGAGGAGGUCACCGAGCUGCUGGACAGCGAUGAAUGUGUGAUGUCCAUAACAAACUUUCCGCGUCUCGGUGCGCCAAACUUUACGUAUCCGGUGUACCAGCCACGACCCGAAGAUCCCCUGAGCUCGGCCCGUUCACUCUACUUUCCCGAUGAAGCCAUAUUUCCGGGCCAUCCACGAUUCAAGACGCUCACGCGGAACAUACGCAUGCGACGGGGCGAGAAGGUCUCUAUCAAGCUGAAGGUCUUCAAGGAUGUAAACACACAGCUGCCUGUGGAGGGAGCGCCGCCUGGCGAGCCGGAUGUUGUGCUCCUGGAUGCCAUGGGUUUCGGCAUGGGCUGUUGCUGCCUCCAGCUAACGUUUCAGGCCUGCAACAUAACCGAGGCGCGCCGCCUGUAUGAUCAACUGGCGCCGCUUUGUCCCAUUAUGUUGGCCCUGACCGCCGCCUCGCCGGUUUACCGCGGCUAUCUAACCGAAUCGGAUUGCCGCUGGAAUGUGAUCAGCUCCUCGGUGGAUUGCCGCACAGAGGAGGAGCGCGGCCUGAAGCCGCUUAAGGAAAACAAAUUUCGUAUCGCCAAAUCGCGAUACGACUCCAUCGAUUCGUAUCUGUCGCCCGAGGGGGCGAAAUACAACGAUGUGAAGCUCACCUACGAUGAGGCUGUGUACAAGCGUCUCAUCGAGGGCGGCAUCGAUCAUCUGUUGGCCCAGCAUGUGGCCCAUCUGUUCAUUCGGGACACCGUAUCGCUGUUUAGCGAGAAGGUCCAUCAGAAUGAUGAGGAGGACACAGAUCAUUUCGAGAACAUCCAGUCAACCAAUUGGCAGACGAUGCGCUUCAAGCCGCCGCCUCCGAACAGCUCGAUUGGCUGGCGUGUCGAGUUUCGUCCCUGCGAGGCGCAAAUCUCCGACUUUGAGAAUGCGGCGAUUGUGUGCUUUGUGGUGCUGUUGACCCGUGUCAUCUUAUCGUAUCAGCUGAACUUCUUAACGCCCAUCAGCAAGGUCGAUGAGAAUAUGCAAACGGCCCAGAAGCGGGAUGCGUGCCGCAAGGAGAAAUUCUGGUUCCGCAAAUCGUCCAAGUCGACGGAACAGCGCGCCGCCUGUGUCCAAAUCAACGGCACCACAACGAACACAAAUGGCAGCAGCAAUGCGACGGAUUCGAUGCCUCUAUUCAACGGCACUGCCAAGCUGAAUGGUCAUGGAAACGGACUAAACGGCAAUGCCAACAGCAGCAGCACCAACACCAAUGGCACCCACAUUCAGAAUGGAAGCACCGACAGCGAUCACACCGAUACAGAUGAUGAGGACACCGAGCUGUUCCAGCUGCUUACCAUCAAUGAGAUCUUCAAUGGCAAGCCCGGCGUAUUCCCUGGCCUGGUGCCGCUAAUACGGAGCUAUCUGCAGUCGAUGGAGGUGGACACAGACACGCACUGCACAAUUGAACAGUAUCUGCGCUUCAUACAGAAGCGCGCCGCCGGCGAGCUGAUCACCACGGCUACCUGGAUACGUGAGCAGGUGCUCAGCCAUCCGGACUACAAAAAGGAUUCGAUAGUCAGCGAUCGUAUUAACUACGAUCUGCUCAAGAGCAUACAGCGCAUACAGGAGGGCAAGCAUGUGGAGCCGGCGCUGCUUGGCCAGGGCAAUCAUUCCAAGACGAAAGAUUUCAUUCCGCCCGCACUUCAGAAGCAGCUGGCCAAGACGGGCUGCUGCGAGGACAAAUGAUCGCGUUGAUUUGACUCGCCGAAAUACACACACGCCGAAAUAUAUACACAAACACACACCACAGACGAACAGAUUCACACACACAACCAACAAAACAACUAAAACAACCCAAAAAGGAAAGCAAAUCAGCCUCUACUCUAAACACACACGUGAUACAUAUGCAUACAUAUGUAUAUGUAUACAGAUACAUAUACAUAUAGAUAGAUAGAUAUAUGUAUAUGUAGUGUGUAUGUUGCGCGGCAAAAUGUUAGCCGAGACGCAGGCAGAAGCUCGAGCGGAUCGGCUACACCGGACAGAAGCCAGCUGUGGACAACAGAAUGCGCGACAGUGAGAGGAAGAGAGCCGCGAGCUUCGUGCUGCGUGCCACGAGCUUCGGGAGGCGUCGCACUUGGGUCUUUCGAUGGGGAGCAACAUUUAUCAAUAUUAAUAUUUUUGUAGCAUGAUUCUUAAUAUUUAAACAGGCCACAAAUUCAAAACUAAAAGAGAUAGAGAGAGAGAGGGGAAAAGAACGACAGAGUGAGAUCUAGAAAACGAUGGCUUAUUUCUGACAUAGAAAAGGCGAGUAUGCUGCUCAACCAAAAACAACAACAGCAAAAAUAUAUUGAUUGAGCAGUGUGUUUGAGAAGCUAGGCUGUCGAUUGGGCGUGUUGCGCUAGAUAUAAAUCUAUACAAAUACACAUAUAAACAAUAACAAAAAAAAAAAAAAAAAAAAAAAA